AUGGCCCUGACAGGUAAUUGGAUUUGAUUGAAUUACAUCAGUUUCUAUUAUAUUUAUCUAAGCCAUUUCUUAAAGCAAAGCUGUAUGUUUUCAAUAGUUCAUUAUUUGCCUGCAGCAGAGCCAAUCAAAAGUAUUGAUAGGGGAUCAAGGAAGAGGAGGGGUCUAGAAUCUAUGGCAGAACUUCUACACUCCAAUGUCUUCCCUCGCAUCCCCAACCCCAUAGCAUGCCUAUCCUCCAAUGACAUGCUUAUCUUACAGCGCACCAUCAACUACACUGGUAUGUCAUUCUUUCAAACCUUCCCUGGGGCUCUAACUUAAAGGGAUAGUUCAGCUGUUUGAAGUUUUUGCUUAUUUUCGAUUUACCUAGGGUGUAGUUGUUUCAUCCAAUCCGCUUUUGAGUUUGUUUGCUGAGUAUUUAGCAAUGUCCAUAAUCUCCUGGCUAGCAUUUUUGGAGCAAGUAACAAGUGGAAACGGAUUGCAUCAUCUUGCGGUAAACUUCAAAAAAGGGAACUAUCCCUUUAACUAUUCUGUUUUGCGACAGUUCAACUCUACCAGGUAUGAAGGUACCUUAUGGCCUUUAGUCUUCAGUUAGGUCAUAUUAGAUGUACAUUAGCAAUCUGAAGCAUCUGUUCUCUAUUUGUGGAUGCAUCCAAAAUGGCACCCUAUUCCCUGUAUAGAAUAAGUAGUGCACUAUAUAGGGAAUACAUAGGGAAUAAGAUGUCACAACCUGAUCUGUUUCACCUGUCUUUGUGCUUAUCUCCACCCCCCUACAGGCAUCGCCCAUCUUCCCCAUUAUCCCCUGUGUAUUUAUACCUGCGUUCUCUGUUUGUCUGUUGCCAGUUCGUCUUGUCUCGUCAAGCCUACCAGCGGUUUCCCCGUACUCCUGUUUUGCUCUAGCCCCUGUUUUCCAGUUUUUCCCGGUUUUGACCAUUCUGCCUGUCCUGAGUCCUGACCCUGACCCUGAGCCUGCCUGCCGUUUCUGUACCUUGUUUUUGUAAUCCAACUUUUGCUUUUUCGAACUGUCUGCAUCUGGGUCUUGUCGUGAUAUAAGAUGCCAUUUCAGAUUUUAUUAGUGACUCUUCUUUUACCAUAUACAGUAUAUGCCCACAUGUUCUCUGAGACAGGGAAGUACAAUAUGUGAAUGGGCUCUGUGCAAAAGUAGUGCACUAUAUACUCUCUUAGAAAACAGUUGCUAUCUAGAACCUUGAAAGGUUCUUCGACUGUCCCCCUAAGAGAACCCUUUGAAGAAACCCUUUUGGUUCCAGUUAGAAACCCUUUGGUUACAUGUAGAACCAUUUUGGGUUCAAUGUCGAACACUUACCACAGAGGGUUCUACAUGGAACCCAAAAGGGUUCUACCUGGAACCAAAAAUGGUUAUCCUAUUGGGACAGCCGAAGAACCCAUUUUUUCGAAGAGUGUAAGUAAUGGCGUGCCUUUUCAGAGUUGUCUCCUCUUUUUCCAUUAGAUAUGCACACGUGUUCUCGGAGACGGGGAAGUAUGUGUUCCUGGACAACGCCGUUCCAGAGUGGAGUCUAGUGGCAGUGGUCAGUGAGAGAGGGACAGAGUGUGACCCCACUGCAGCUGUUUUCCAGCCCAUGAACCCCGCCCAACUGGUCAUGCACGGGGUCAUCAAACAACACCGGCUCAACCUGCUGCCUGACUGGGGCGCCAUCGUAGGUGAGGUACACUGUGUAUUUCAAAUAACACCCUAUUCCCUAUUUAUGGUGUAUUUCUUCCAUGGUAACCUUCUCACAAAGCAACUGUUUUGAUUAUUCAGAGGUUGUAGACACGUCUCUUUUCAAGUCCCAAUAAUCACUUCGGGUGAUGGAAACAUAAUUCCCAAAAUAUCGCUAGUGCUUAAAUCCCAAAAAGGCUGGAGUGACACCUAUGGAAAAACACCAUUAGUGCAAUACUUUUGACCAGAGCCCUUUGGGCAUAGGGUGCCAUUUGAGACACAGCCACUGACCAUUCACAUCUGAAAGGGUAUGUAAUCAAUAACAAUACUUAAAUACAGCAAGAGAAAUCAAGGCACAGUACCAUAGUAUAGAAUCAUAGACUGAUUCUUAGGUGUGAAUCAAUUGGUCAUGUGCAUAUCACCCUCCUGUUUUUCUUUGAAUUGAUUGGUUAACAAUUUAUUUUCCUUUCUGUGUUUAAAUGCUGUGUUCCAAUUCAUAAGCAGUUUAUCAUACAGCAAGAGAGAACUAGGUACUGUUGAGCAGAAAAAAGACAGAGAAUACAGGCUGCAUUGAUUCUGUGGAAAAUACAAAAUGGAUCAAAAAGAUGCUCAAUGGAUCCAAGGGUCUGAAUAGACUAAGAACAAGUUAAGUUGUGCCUUGUCUCUUAAAACCAGUUAAAAUGAACGGCAACAACAAAAAAGGUACUAUAGAGCACAACUGGUUACCAAUCUCUGUGCACCUCUCUGUCAUAUGGCAUGACACACUUUACACUACAUAUCAUAGCCAUGUGUGUGUCAGUUCCUCCACAGGAAAAUAAGGUUGAAUUGAAGUUUCAUUUAGGGUCGUUUCACUUCAAAUGAGCACAAGAAAGAUAAUUUUGACGGCGACCAGAUUGUUCCAAUUUGGGCGCAAUCAAGUAGCUUAAUUUCUCAGAGAUCAAAUUAUAUUUCAACAACAAAUUGUUGCAGGAAUGUUUAUAUGAUCUGUUUUUAACUACAUAAACCUUUAGAACAAUCUGAAAUAGUGGGUGUCAUGGCUUGCUGAAUUGACAUAGAAUGACUCAUGAAUCUCCUCACUGUAGGUGUCCUGAGUCUCCUGCUUGGGCUGAUCCUGGUGCUCACCACCACUGCUCUGGUUCUGAAGGCAAGCUGGUGUGCCAGGGCAAACUGAGGCCUAAGUGGCAUAGCCUGGGAGAGGCCAUCCCUCCAAGGUCAGCCAGACGCAACCAGAUGAUCAAUACUGGUUUAUUGAAUUAGCUUUUAUUAGCUUGGCUAAUAGCUUUCAGGAAGUGUGCCAGCCAUUUAUCUGAUAUCUGAUAUUACCGCAGUUAUGAUUGAGAGUUGGUAGAUAGCAGGGAAUGGCUCUACUAACUGCUUUCUGGUCAGAAUUCAAUCAUGGCAGAUAAUGGGUUCUCUGAAUUGUAUUUUCAGAGGUCUAUUUGAUUUGCACUGCAGCAUUGUCACAAGCUGAUGUGGAUGCGGUGUUGGAGUCAGGCGCAGGACACAGAAGCUUAGUCGAAACGACUUUAAUUGUCACAAAGACAAUAACAAAAAUAACGGGCCUCAAACACAGGAGGUGAGCGAUUACGCAAACAGUGCGUAAAAACACUAACAACUAGAGCACAAUAAAGAUUCACCAACGGACAGGCGGACAACAACACACAACUGCAAACAAAACCAAAGGAAACUUAUAGGUGACAUAAUCAAUACAUAAGACGAAACAGGUGCACCAACAAGACAAAACCAAACAAACAUAGAGAACAUCAAGCGGUAGCAGCUAGUACUCCGGGGACGACGAACGCCGAAGCCUGCCCGAACUAGAGGAGGAGCAGUCUCAGCGGAAUUCGUGACAGUACCCCCCCCCCCCCCCCUUGACGCGCGGCUCCAGCCGUGCGCCGACCCCGGCCUCGGGGAUGGCCAGGAGGACGUGGAGCAGGGCGCGUAGGAUGACUACGGUGGAACUCAGUCAGGAGGGAUGGAUCUAAAAUGUCCCUCCUAGGCACCCAGCACCGUUCCUCCCAACGUACCCCUCCCACUCCACGAGAUAUUGUAGACCCCCCAUCUGACGUCUCGAAUCCACGAUGGACCGGACUGAGUACGCCGGAGCCCCCUCGAUGUCCAGUGAGGGCGGAGGGGUCUCUCUUAUCUCACUGUCCUGGAGUGGACCAGCUACCACCGGCCUGAGGAGAGACACAUGGAACGAGGGGUUAAUGUGAUAGUCAUUAGGCAGUUGCAGCUUGUAACACACCUCGUUCAAUCUCCUCAGGACUUUAAAUGGCCCCACAAACUGCCGGCCAAGCUUCCGGCAGGGCAGGCGAAGGGGCAGGUUUCGAGUCGAGAGCCAGACUCGAUCUCCAGGUGCGUAUACUGGACCCUCACUGCGGUGGAGAUCGGCGCUCGCCUUCUGCCUGCGGAUGGCCCGCUGCAGAUGUACGUGUGCAGCAUUCCACGUCUCCUCCGAGCGCCGAAACCACUCAUCCACCGCAGGAGCCUCGAUCUGGCUCUGAUGCCAUGGUGCCAGAACCGGCUGAUACCCUAACACGCACUGGAAAGGGGUCAGGUUAGUAGAGGAGUGGCGAAGAGAGUUCUGAGCCAUCUCUGCCCAGGGGAUAUACCCCGACCACUCCUCCUGCCGGCCCUGGCAAUAUGAUCUCAGAAACCUACCCACAUCCUGGUUCACUCUCUCCACCUGCCCAUUACUCUCAGUGUGGAAACCCGAGGUAUGGCUAACCGAGACCCCCAAGCGUUCCAUGAACGCCCUCCAGACUCUAGAGGUGAAUUGGGGACCCCGAUCAGACACUAUAUCCUCGGGAACCCCGUAGUGCCGGAAGACGUGGGUGAACAAAGCCUCAGCGGUCUGUGGGGCAGUAGGGAGACCCGGCAUUGGGAUGAGACGACAGGCCUUAGAGAACCGAUCCACAACGACCAGAAUAGUGGUGUUCCCCUGAGAGGGGGGAAGGUCCGUGACAAAGUCCACCGAGAGGUGAGACCACGGCCGUUGUGGAACGUGCAGGGGUUGUAACUUCCCCCUGGGCAGGUGUCUAGGCGCCUUACACUGAGCGCACACCGAGCAGGAGGAGACAUAAACCCUCACGUCCCUAGCCAAUGUUGGCCACCAGUACUUAGUGCUAAGGCAGUGCACCGUCCGGCCAAUACCUGGAUGUCCAGAGGAGGGUGACGUAUGAGCCCAAUAAAUGAGACGAUCACGGACCUCGAGCGGCACGUACGUCCGACCCACUGGACACUCUGGGGGAGUAGGGUCGGUGCGUAACGCCCGCUCAAUUUCCGCAUCGACCUCCCAUACCACCGGUGCCACCAGACAAGACUCCGGCAGUAUGGGAGUGGGCUCAAUGGACCUCUCCUCUGUGUCGUACCGCCGGGACAGGGCAUCUGCCUUAUCGUUCUGGGACCCUGGGAUGUAAGUGAUCUUAAAAACGAACCGGGUCAGAAACAUGUUCCACCUAGCCUGACGAGGGUUCAAUCUCCUAGCUGCCCGGAUGUACUCCAGGUUACGAUGGUCAGUCAGAAUGAGAAAAGGGUGUUGAGCCCCCUCAAGCCAAUGCCUCCACACCUUUAGGGCUUGAACCACGGCUAACAGCUCCCUGUCCCCUACGUCAUAAUUACGUUCCGCCGGGCUGAGCUUUUUAGAAUAAAAAGCGCAGGGACGGAGCUUAGGAGGCGUGCCGGAGCGUUGCGACAGUACUGCCCCAAUACCGGCCUCUGACGCGUCCACCUCUACCUGGAACGCUAAAGCGGGGUCCGGGUGCGCCAGCACCGGAGCCGAAGUGAACAGGUCCUUCAGUUUACUAAACGCCCUGUCCGCUUCAGCCGACCACUGCAAACGCACCGGGCCCCCCUUCAGCAGGGAAGUAAUGGGAGCUGCUACCUGUCCAAAACCCCGGAUAAACCUCCGGUAGUAAUUGGCAAAACCCAAAAACUGCUGCACCUCUUUAACAGUGGUUGGGGUUUGCCAGUUAUGCACGGCUGACACACGGUCAAUCUCCAUCUUCACCCCUGAUGCGGACAACCGAUGACCCAAGAAGGAGAUGAACUCCUGGAAAAACAGACAUUUCUCUGCCUUGACAUACAAGUCAUGCUCCAACAGCCUACCCAACACUCGGCGCACCAGGGCUACAUGCUCGGCUCGUGUAGAAGAGUACACUAGGAUGUCGUCAAUGUACACUACCACACCCUGCCCAUGCAGGUCCCGGAAGAUCUCGUCCACAAAUGAUUAGAAGACUGAAGGAGCAUUCAUUAACCCGUAUGGCAUGACAAGAUACUCAUAAUGACCUGAGGUGGUACUAAAUGCCGUCUUCCAUUCAUCUCCCUCCCUAAUGCGCACUAAGUUAUAGGCGCUCCUGAGAUCCAGUUUUGUGAAGAAAUGCGCUCCGCGCAAUGAUUCAGUCAUACUCACAAUCAGAGGAAGAGGGUAACUGUAUUUAACAGUGAUCUGAUUGAGACUACGGUAAUCAAUACACGGGCGCAACCCUCCAUCCUUCUUCUUCACAAAAAAGAAACUUGAGGACGCAGGGGAAGUGGAGGACCGUAUGUAUCCUUGUCUCAGGGACUCAGCUAUGUAUGUAUCCAUAGCCGCCGUCUCCUCUUGAGACCGAGGAUACACAUGGCUCCGCGGGAGUGCCGCACCUGUCUGGAGUUUUAUCGCACAAUCUCCCUGUCCAUGAGGUGGCAAUCGCGUUGCCCUCGUCUUGCUGAACACGAGUGCCAAAUCCUCAUACUCAGGGGGAAUGUGCAUUGCGGGCACUUGGUUCGGACUCUCCACCGUGGUCGCCCCAACAGAAACACCUAAACAUCGCCCAACACACUGGUCAGAUCAUUCCUUGAGAGCCCUCUGUUGCCACGAAAUGGUGGGAUCAUGGGUGAUUAACCAAGGAAGCCCCAGCACCACGGGAUACGCAGGAGAGUCAAUCAGGUACAACUGAAUUAUCUCCUCAUGACACCCCUGCGUCUUCAUCUUUAGUGGUGCUGUGACCUCCCUAAUCAACCCUGAUCCCAACGGGCGGCUAUCUAGGGCAUGGACAGGGAAGGGUGCAUCAACGGGCAGGAGGGGAAUCCCUAACUUAGUACAACAUUUCCGAUCAAUAAAAUUCCCAGCUGCGUCUGAAUCGACUAGCGCCUUAUGCUGGGAAUGAGAUGCAACCUGAGGAAAUACCACAGGUAUACACAAGUGAACAACAGAGAGCUCUGGGUGAGUGGGGCGCCUACUCACCUGAAAUGACUCCCCAGUGCGCGACCUGUUGCCCCGAUUCCCUGGAGACCCUCCCCAGCACCUAGCCGCAGUGUGUCCUCCACGGCCACAGUUGGUGCAGGGGACGGCCCCCCUCGGGUUCUCUCUCCUUCUCUCUCUAGCGCCAGCACCCCUGAGCUCCAUAGGGCUCGGCUCGGAGGUGCUAGGGGAUGGAAUGGACGGCCCCAACUCGGGACGUCCGCGGGUGGCCAGCAGGGUAUCCAGACGGAUGGACAUGUCCACCAGCUGGUCGAAGGACAGAUUGGUGUCCCUGCAGGCCAGCUCUUGACGAACGUCCUCACGCAGGCUACACCGAUAGUGGUCGAUGAGGGCCCUCUCAUUCCACCCCGCAUCCGCCGCUAGAGUCCGGAAAUCCAGGGCGAACUCCUGUGCGCUCCUCUUCCCCUGUCGGAGGUGGAACAGACGCUCCCCCGCCGCUUUACCCUCAGGAGGGUGAUCGAAAACAGCCCUGAAGCGGCGGGAGAACUCUGCGUAGCUGAUGGUGGCGGCAUCUAUUCCCCUCCAUUCGGCAUUGGCCCACUCCAACGCCUUGCCGGAGAGACAGGUGAUGAGGGCGGAAACGCUCUCGUAUCCCGAGGGCGCCGGGUGUAUGGUGGCCAGGUAUAGUUCCACCUGAAGGAGGAACCCCUGACACCCGGCUGCGGUGCCAUCAUACGCCCUCGGGAGCGAGAGCCGAAUCCCACUGGAUUCCGGAGCUGGUCUGGUGGGGCUGGCCGAUGGUGGUGGUAAUGUAGGAGGAGGUGUGGGCACGCCUCCCCUUUCCCAUCGGCGCAGGGUGUUCAUCACCUCCUGCAUGGCGGAGCCGAGUUGCUGGAUCCUGGCGUCCUGGCAGCUGACCCGAGCCUCCAGCGACUCGGUCGCCGACGCUGCUCCUGCUGACUCCAUAGUAUGGUGUGUUGUUCUGUCACAAGCUGAUGUGGAUGCGAUGUUGGAGUCAGGCGCAGGACACAGAAGCUUAGUCGAAACGACUUUAAUUGUCACAAAGACAAUAACAAAAAUAACGGGCCUCAAACACAGGAGGCGAGCGAUUACGCAAACAUUGCGUAAAAACACUAACAACUAGAGCACAAUAAAGAUUCACCAACGGACAGGCGGACAACAACACACAACUGCAAACAAAACCAAAGGAAACUUAUAGGUGACAUAAUCAAUACAUAAGACGAAACAGGUGCACCAACAAGACAAAACCAAACAAACAUAGAGAACAUCAAGCGGUAGCAGCUAGUACUCCGGGGACGACGAACGCCGAAGCCUGCCCGAACAAGGAGGAGGAGCAGUCUCGGCGGAAUUCGUGACAAGCAUGUCCCUUAAAAAUCAGCAGUCCUGUUGCAUGACCCAUUCAAUUCUGAAAGUGAGCAUGGCUGAGAAGUCUUCAGGUGCGUCAUCAUGCAACGGGAGUGUUGUUUUUCUAAAUCAAGUAAACUCCAUCCAUCUGACCAGGGACACCUUGUUGGCAAGUGAAACUCCUCUCUGAAAACCUCCUUCUGAAAAGCCACUAUCUACAAUGAUUGACUUCUAUCUUUUGUUUGUGUCUCAGCCUGAAUGGCCAGGGGGUGCUGGGCUGCAGGGGAGUGGGAGAGGGGGCCGAGGCUGAGGAGCCUGCAGUCUGCCAUGGAGGA